AUGGCUCGCUCGUCGUCACACGCCCCGGCCGGGCUGUCAUGGUCUACUCUCUAUAUGAUUCUGACACUAUUUUUCCUCUCCUUUGCGGCCGUGGCCAAUGCGCUGGCGUAUGGGCCUCAGAAACCCCUUGCAGAGACGGGUAUCGGAUCUGAAACUUCCUCUUCCCCCCCGGAAGACCUUGCAACCGAGACCGAGCUGGAAGAUAGCAAUGGGACAGAGCCCUUGGGCUGGACACCUCCUGCUGAGACAUUGCAGGACCUGCUCGACGCAUUGAAUGUCAUGCAGGACGAGUAUUUCGUGCUUUGGUUGGGCACGUGGCCAUCCAGCAUCGAUUGGACGGCGGCCGUGCUGGGGACGCACGUCGCGGCGACACUAUCGGCCUUCUCAUCCAGGACAUUUGUCGUUGUUGAAGCCGAGCAAUCGCAUGACCUCUCCUUCUCUUCAUUCGAGAACACUGUCAAUUACUUCUUCAGUCAAACCAGUACGUUCUACUUCGGUGAGAAUGCUUUCAGCCUACGGAACCAAGCCUACGACGACAUGCUCUGGGUCGUGUUAGAUUGGCUGGAGAACAUCAAAUUCCAAGACCUGCACUCGACCCUGCACUAUCCCACCUCCAACUCCUCUUCAAACAAUACGUCCUCACAAGCAUGGUAUGGCACGCAAUUCUGUGACGCGGCGGCACACCGAGCACGGGUCUUUUAUGAGCUCGCUUCAGCCGGGUGGGACAAGACCCUCUGUAACGGUGGGAUGAUUUGGAAUCCUUCCUUGACCCCGUACAAGAAUGCCAUCACGAACGAGCUCUACAUCUCCGCCAGCAUUAGCAUGUAUCUCUAUUUCCCCGGGGACCCCAUCGACGCGCCCUUCGUCGCCAACUCGCCCGGCAACAGGGCCAAACGGCCGCACCCGCAUAAUCCUAUCCAUCUCAAUGCUGCCAUAGACGCCUAUGCAUGGCUCAAAAAGUCCAACAUGACUAGCACUGGUGGCCUCUACGCCGAUGGCUUCCACAUCAGCGGCUGGCGCGGCUCGUCGAACCCGGGCUCGCGCAAAUGCGACGUCCUCAACACGAUGGUGUAUACUUACAACCAAGGUGUUGUUCUCAGCGGGCUGAGGGGGCUCUGGCUCGCCACCGGUGACCAGGACUACCUGCGUGAUGGCCACGAGCUGGUCUACAAGGUGCUGCGCGCCACCGGGUGGCCGCAGACGACAUCUCUGAAAUGGGCAGGGCUAGGACGCGGUGGUGUGCUGGAAGACACAUGUGAUUCGCGCGCAAGCUGCUCGCAGGACGGGCAGACCUUCAAGAGCAUAUUCUUCCACCACCUCGCGGAGUUCUGUCGGCCACUGCGGCCGCAAGAGGAAAGGUUCCUGGCGAACGAGAAGCGGCAGCCUGCUGCCGACGAGGACUGGGCCCAAGUCUUCAACCGGCAUCUACUGCGGUGCCGUGCUUACGGGCCCUGGGUUGAGCAUAACGCGCGGGCUGCGCUGGUGACUCGCGACGAAGACGGCAAGUUCGGGCAGUGGUGGGGACUGCCCUUCCCGCAGCUCUCGGUGUCGAGUGAGAUUGUAAAUAGUAGCACGCUUCCUCCCGGUGCCGUGGAUUACCGCAACGACGGGUUUGACGCCGAUGCCACAACUGACGGUGUGUGGCGGGACUUCAAUGACCGUGGCCGGGGGCGUACGGUUGAGACGCAGGCUGGCGGUGUCGCUGUGUUAAGAGCUUUGUUGCAGUGGCAGACCAGUGACGCCCUCUCAUGA